AAAAAGGGUAUGUUUUUUGCUUCUUUCCUCUGCUCUGAUGUUGAUUCGGGUGCUGUUGCUAUGAUCAAUGAUCACGGCCCACUUUGAGAUUCUAACUAGAUAGUUUUUGUGUUCAUUGCAAAGUUUAGAAUUUGUUUGACUUCGUGAUGUAAUGUUUGAAUUCUCGGAGUUCUGUGUGUAAUUUAGGUUGAUUUGUGACUUAUGGUGUUUCUGUUUGGGUUUUGAAGCUCUGGGGUGUCCUUGUAAUAGCUUCUAGUUGGAAUAAGUGCGGAUUUUGAGUUUGUACUUUUUUAACAAAAAAAUGGAUAACUCCAAAAACAGGCAGAAUGAGAAUUUGGGUGUGAACAAAAUUGGAAAAAACAUUAGAAAGAGCCCUUUGCAUCAACCCAAUUUUGGUAAUAAUGCUACUAGUGGUAGACAGCAACAACCUCCUCAGGUUUACAACAUAAGCAAGAAUGAAUUCAGGGAUGUUGUUCAACAGCUUACUGGGUCUCCCUCUCUCUCGCAGGAUCCUCCACCUAGACCACCUCAUAAUUCCCCAAAACCACAGAGUGUGCGGUUGCAGAAGAUUAGACCUCCCCCUUUACCCCAUGUAAGGCCACCAGUGCCUACCCCUGCUUCGGCCCCUCCACCAGUUCCUUACAAUGGUACCUUACAUAGACCUGCUCAGUUUAGACAACCAUCUUCCAAUCCUUUGCAUCCGGGGGAGAUGACAUGGGCUAAUACAGCUGAGUCACCCAUCUCUGCAUACAUGAGAUACCUUCAAAAUUCAAUGAUGGAUCCAGGGUCAAGGGGUAACCAAGUUCAGCCUCAACCACAGCCACACCCUCCACAACCAUUUGUACCGGGCAAUGUUCUGCCUUAUCCACCUUCAUCUGGUUUACUUCCUAAUCCUCGCAUGCCUAUGUUGCCCUCUCCAAGAUUCAAUGGUCCCAUUGCACCUACGAAUGCUACUAACCCACCAGUGCCUAGUAUUCCUUCCCCACAAACAAAUGGCCCUCCUAUUUUACCUUCUCCAACUUCCCAAUUCCUCUUGCCUUCGCCGACUGGUUACAUGAAUUUCCUAUCCCCUCGGUCACCAUAUCCGUUACUUUCACCUGGAGUUCAGUUUCCAUCCCCCUUUACCCCCAAUUUCCCUUUCUCGCCCUUUGCACAAUCAGGGAUUUUAGGACCUGGACCUCAACCUCCGCUCUCUCCAGGCCUGUUCCCAUAUUCUCCGUCAGGGUUUUUUCCCAUCACAAGUCCUAGGUGGAGAGAUCAAUAGCUUUCUCAUUUUGGGCUACAUGCUUCGAUGGGGGUGCUCCCUUCUAACUGAACUGAUCUUAGUUCUUAGAAGAGCUUUGUUUGUUGGCAUGUAAAAUACAUUCCAGUUGUAAGAUGUCUUUUUCGCUGGUGGUAGUCUUCAUUUCUCAUUCCCUUGUUUCUCUUUUGUUGAUGACCACAAUGGCUACAAUCCUUUUACUUUGAAGAUCAGAAACUCAAUUGGA